CGUGCUGACGCCAUGACGCCCCGGCCGGUGUGUGUUGGUGUGUGUGUGUGUGAGUGUGCGCGUUCCGAGUGUGUGUGUAUUUGUGUAUCGGCGGUCCCGCAGGUCCCGGAUGUUGCGGACAGUAUGAAGCGAGCGCAGGGGGACGGGGACCAGCAGCUGUCGCCGCCGUUCUCAGAGGUUUCCUGUUAGACAAGACAAAUUAGAGUCUUCCUACUGACUUAACUUGGGUGAAGAGAGAAGAGAAAUCUUUGUCCCCUGACUGUGGAGACCUUGUUUAACCUUCAAACUGGCGAUGUCAAGGGUUCCAAGUCCUCCACCUCCGGCAGAAAUGUCGAGUGGCCCCGUAGCUGAGAGCUGGUGCUACACACAGAUCAAGGUAGUGAAAUUCUCCUACAUGUGGACCAUCAAUAACUUUAGCUUUUGCCGGGAGGAAAUGGGUGAAGUCAUUAAAAGUUCGACCUUUUCAUCAGGAGCCAAUGAUAAACUGAAAUGGUGUUUGCGAGUAAACCCAAAAGGGCUAGAUGAAGAAAGCAAAGAUUACCUGUCACUUUACCUGUUACUGGUCAGCUGUCCAAAGAGUGAAGUUCGGGCAAAAUUCAAAUUCUCCAUCCUGAAUGCCAAGGGAGAAGAAACCAAAGCUAUGGAGAGUCAACGGGCAUAUAGGUUUGUGCAAGGCAAAGACUGGGGAUUCAAAAAAUUCAUCCGUAGAGAUUUUCUCUUGGAUGAGGCUAACGGGCUUCUCCCUGAUGACAAGCUUACCCUCUUCUGUGAGGUGAGCGUGGUGCAAGAUUCCGUCAACAUUUCCGGCCAGAACACCAUGAAUAUGGUGAAGGUCCCUGAGUGCCGGCUGGCCGAUGAGCUGGGAGGACUGUGGGAGAACUCCCGGUUCACGGACUGCUGUCUGUGCGUUGCUGGCCAGGAGUUCCAGGCUCACAAAGCUAUCUUGGCAGCUCGUUCUCCAGUUUUUAGUGCCAUGUUUGAACAUGAAAUGGAGGAGAGCAAAAAGAAUCGGGUUGAAAUCAAUGAUGUGGAGCCUGAAGUUUUUAAGGAAAUGAUGUGCUUCAUUUACACGGGGAAGGCUCCGAACCUCGACAAAAUGGCUGAUGAUUUGUUGGCAGCUGCUGACAAGUACGCCCUAGAGCGCUUGAAGGUCAUGUGUGAGGACGCCCUCUGCAGUAACCUCUCCGUGGAGAACGCCGCAGAGAUCCUCAUCCUGGCUGACCUCCACAGCGCCGAUCAGUUGAAAACUCAGGCGGUGGAUUUCAUCAACUAUCAUGCUUCAGAUGUCUUGGAGACCUCCGGGUGGAAGUCAAUGGUGGUGUCACACCCGCACUUGGUGGCUGAGGCAUACCGCUCCCUGGCUUCAGCACAGUGCCCUUUCCUGGGGCCCCCACGCAAGCGCCUGAAGCAGUCCUAAGAGCCCGCCUGUCGUAAGACUCCGUUUCUUUUCCUGCGGCGGCAGCCACUGCUGCUGCCACUGACCACCAGGUAGACAGCGCAAUCUGUGGAGCUUUGACUCUGUUGUGGGGGCAAAAGACGGCAUCGUGGCCCCCAGACUUUUAAAACAGCACUAAAUAAACUUGGGGGAAGUGGGGGGAGGGAAGGGCCCGGGACCUGGGGCUGCUCAACCUAAUGAAAACCCUGUUGCUGCGUCACUGUGUUCCCUUUGGCCUGGCCGAGUUUGAUCUGGGGGGUUCAGCUUAGGCGCCGGCCCUGAGGACAUCCCAGCGGUGGUACUUCGGAGAAACCUGUCUGCAUCCGACCGAGCAGGACCGAUCGUCAGGUGCCUGGAGCAAAACAGAGAGAGGAAAAAAAAAAAAAAGGACAUUUAGUUUUAAGAGAAGGGAACAGAAAAGGAAAGAAGAAAGGAUUUUUGCAGAAUUUCUCAAAAAUCAGUUUGUGGAUUCCAGUAGUAUUUAUGUUGAGAGAAAUUUUAGUCCAUCCAGCUGUGCUAAAACUUGGAUAUUUGCGACAACUCCUCACCACCACACAAGUAUCGGAAGAGCUCUCUUGUUGUUAGCACUUAUUGUUUGCCAGAACAGAAUACAUCCUUUUAUCCUUUUAUGAAAAAUGACAAGUGAAGGCAAGAGGGGAAGGAGGUUAUUUGAGCUGGAAGAUGCGUGUUCUGAUGUGGUGGCUUUUGCAAAAAAAUCUUUAUUGGUGUUGAAAACUGGAAAAAAUAUAAUUCAUCCAGAAUUCAUGCUGUCUUGACAAGAACUAUGGUUCUCUGUUUUUAGAUGUUGUGGAAAUGUUUUUUGGCAUUUUUCUCUGAUUUUAUUUCUCUUCCCUCCCCCCCUUUUCUAAAAAAA